GAGAGAGAGAGAGAGAGAGUUGACCAGGUGUAUUGUGGGUGAGCUACCGGUCAUCCUCUCACACGCACAGCAGCGUUGAAUUCUUUAAUCAAAUCAUGCACUAUAUCCCUCUUCACUCUUCAGCCGUGCUUCCAUGCAUGACUAUGUAGUGACCUUUUUAGUUCUCUUCCAAGCUGUAACUAAAUUUUACCCUGCCUGCCUCUAUUUUUUUAUUUAUACCCACCCAUCUUCACUUUUAUAUCAUUCCUCCCUCCCAACUGCAAACAAACCAAAUCCCCCACUUUUCUAUUCAUAAUUUAUCCUCAACAACAUUAUUAUACAUCUACAACCCUUUGUUAGUUGUUUUAACAGAAACUAAAAAGGAUUUGCUCUUGGUAGUUUUUUAGGAGAGAAGUUAGUCUUUAAAACAGAUGGGUCGCAUUCCAUGUUGCGAGAAGGACAAUGUCAAGAGAGGACAGUGGACUCCUGAAGAAGACAACAAGCUCUCUUCCUACAUCGCUCAGCAUGGCACCCGCAAUUGGCGCCUCAUACCUAAGAACGCCGGUUCUCACACUCUGCUCUUUCUUUCUCUUUUUACUUUUCUCCGUUGAAAGAAAUUGUGUUGUAGUUAAUGUUAUGGUUAAACUACUUAUAGGACUCCAAAGAUGCGGGAAGAGUUGUAGGUUGCGCUGGACUAACUAUCUCCGCCCCGAUCUCAAGCACGGACAGUUCACGGUUGAUGAAGAACACGCCAUAGUGAAACUUCAUUCUGUUGUAGGCAACAGGUGGUCCUUGAUUGCCGCUCAACUUCCCGGGCGCACCGACAAUGAUGUGAAAAAUCACUGGAACACCAAGCUCAAGAAGAAACUUUCUGGGAUGGGAAUUGAUCCUGUGACUCAUAAGCCCUUCUCCCACCUCAUGGCGGAAAUAGCCACCACUCUAGCUCCGCCACAGGUGGCGAAUCUGGCAGAAGCUGCACUAGGAUGCUUUAAAGACGAAAUGCUUCAUCUACUUACCAAGAAACGUAUAGAUUUUCAACUACAACAGUCUGGUGGAACAUCAUCCCUCAACGACAACUCAGCCGCUGCUUAUAACAGCAGCAAACAAGAGGUGAAAGAUGACACAAUUGAUAGGAUCCGCAUGGGGUUAUCAAGGGCAAUCAUACAAGAGCCUGAAAUAAUACCUUCAGAUAAACCCUGGGAUUCAACAGGAGCAACCUCCACAAGCUUCGUUUUCCCUGCAUCUGUUUCUGGAUUCCACUAUGGAGCUUCGUCUUUUGGGAAUGAAAAUAAUGGGUCUCCAUGGAGUCAGUGUACAGGAAGCACUUGCCCAGCAGGAGAUGAGCGGGGUCACUUGCAUGGGAAGCUUAAGGAUGAAAAUGGAGAAGAAUCUGAAGGUAAAGAAGUAAGGGACGGGUCCAGUAUUUUCAAUUCAGAUUGUGUGUUGUGGGAUCUACCCUCAGAUGAUCUGAUAAAUCCCAUGGUUUGA